AAUAGAGGACUGCGAUGGCCCGAAGGUUUGGGGCCCCAGAUGGGUCAUCCCGUGAUUACGGUGAGCCCUGUAACGUUAUCGCGGAGCUCUCUUGUCAUGUUGUAGCACUGUUCAGCGGUUGAUGAUGACAAGGCUGUGGAGGAAGCAGGUCGGAAGCACCAGUGAGGCACGUCCCGUCCCGACCUUGAAGCCAAGUCGGGCCUACACAACUCUUCUGUGUCUCACGGCAGCUCACUCAUCAGUUCAUUCCUUACGUGUAGUGUAUGGUGGCGGGAGGGCGCAUCCAGAUGUGAUCGCUCUCCUUGUUCUUGUGCUAGCCCUGCCGCCUGGGUACAUAACAUACACCGCGAAGCGGGAGCCGAAGCUUACGUUGAUGCGGCAGAGUACCUACUGCGUGUAACAGUUGUUGACUGUUGGCUCCCUCAGGGUGUGAUAGAGAGGAAUUAUCGAGGGACUCCUGAAUUGACACACCCUCGCGGAUAAUGAGGCGUGGCGUAUUCGUCUGCUGUUACAUCUUACCAGCCAAGUGGCAUUCACUGAUACAGCGCGAUGGUAUUGGG